AAGUUAAAACUUAGAUAGACGUUAUUUUCACUCACUGCGUUAUUACCAAAUAAUAGUCCUUGUUCAGAACAGCACUCCCAUAUAAAGUUCCAAGUAAGGCGCAAGGCAACGUUACGUUUCGUGGAUCAUAUGACAUGGAGCGCUAUUUAUAGCUAUUACUAAUGAACCAGUAUAUAAAUAGAGGCGGAGACCCGUAAACUCAGGUGUAAAGGAGGUGAAGCCGUACGACAACAAGGGACACCAGAAUUCAAAGACAAUGGCGUUUACGGAGAAGCAUCGAACGGAGCUGGAGGAGAAAGGUUAUACAGUGGUAGAGAACGUCCUGACAGAAAGCGAAUGUGGGGAACACAUCCAAGCAUUCAGGGACUGGCUGCCCCAGUUCCCAGAGAACGAAUGGCCAUUCUCAGUCCACUCUCUCAUCCAAAGAUACAACAUUGGUCACCAUGACGCCGCGUGGCGCACCCGUCUCAAAGCCAAGGCAGUAUUCUCAAAAUUGUGGAAGACUGACAAACUUCUUACCAGUGUCGACGCCAUUGCAAUAGGUCGGCCGCCCGAGGAAGGACAAGAGGUAUUCGCGAAUGAUUGUCACUGGUUACACGUUGACCAGGAUUCGGAAAAGAUCGGUUUGCAUGGUUUCCAGGGGACAGUUUACCUGGAAACAGUGGACGAGGACGACUGGACGUUCCACGUGAUGGAGCGGUCACAUCUAUACCUCGAUCGCCUGUACGACCAGAACCAGAAAGUCGCGCUUAAGAGUGCAUGUAACAAGUACUAUGGCCUGCGGGAUGAAGACGAGGAAUGGUUUCUCUCUCAAGGUUGUGUCACCAAGCGCGUGGCGGUUCCACGUGGUGGGAUGGUUCUUUGGGACUCUAGACUUGUACAUGCAAAUGCUCGUCCGAUAAAAGGAAGGAAACAUCCCGGGAGGUGGCGCUUUUGUGUGAUGGUCUGUAUGACCCCAGCUAGUUGGGCAACCAAAGAGAGCCUGGAUACGAAAAAGGAGGCUUACAAUGGCGUAGCCAUGACGACACAUUGGCCUUCACAAGAUGUUCGGAUCAUGUCUUCACUACCUUCACAAUAUUCAAAAAAUAUCGGCUGGUUAACCGAACUUCCAGAAAUUGCUAAAACAACGGAAGUGAAGCAAUUAUGUGGGGUGGUGCCGUAUGAUUUUACAGACGACAAACCGAACGGUCCGGAUUGGAGUCCCAAGUGGAAAAAGGGCGUCGACCGGUUCGAGAAAACGCUGCCAAGACUAAGUCAAAAGUCAAAAUGGCAGGGAGUUGUUGCGACGUCAGGGAUAACUCUGUUGGUAGGCAUUGUAGCUUGGGCUGUUGUUAAGUACGCUAGGCCAUAAUUAACGGAUGUGAAGAAUGGGCAAAGACAGGAAUCAAAAUAUCGAAUAUCGAACAUAGCUUUUAAGUGACAGAUAAAAAUUAAAUAAACCAGAGGUGACGAUGUAAUAGAACUAUUACUAAGAUUAAAAUUAAACCAGUAGCUAAACAAGAAUACACAUGGAAGAUAUUUUUAAUGCAUUGAUACUAUGAGCCUUAAAGUAAACUUAUAAACGUUAUGCAACAUUCUAUAGCAGCCUCCUCGAUAUUCCAGGGGUAAGGCUCAUUUUCGUUCUCUGCACCCCUGGACGAUGUCAUAGCCAAAUUUAAGGCACGCGGCUAUCUAUUUAAUUGGUCUUAGGUAAAAGAACAUUACCAAUCACGUGGCUGAUAUCUGUCAUUUGAAGUUACAGAAGAGCGACACCGGACUUCAAAGAGAGUCAAUUUUACCUUACACAAUAGAGAGUUUCUUUUGAUGUACACCAAAGGAUCAGAUUAGUUUUCUUGUCUCAUCCACAACUUAGCACAAGGUGGUGUAACUGUGCCUUCAAUUUUGCUAUGACAUAUUCCAGGGGUGCAAAGAGCGAAAGUGAGCUCAACCCCCGGAGUAUUGAGGAUGCAGCUAUAGAAAACCGUCCAUCUCUGUAGGGAGUAUUUUGUUUUGUGUUACAAUCAGUCAAGUGCUCCCAGUAGCAAUCGUUUCUAGUGAUCUGAGUAAAAACAACGUCACCACAAUAUAGGUCUCUGUUGUAAUGUACGAAAUUGAAGAGUUUAUUUUGCACGGACUGAACUUGCUGCUUUAACAAGUGUAUGGUGAUGUGAUCAACGCAAACCUUGACGUUAACGCUAGGACUGUGUGUUGAAAUGAAUCUGUGAUAGGUAUCAAUAUGAUACUUUGUUAUUUUUCAUAUACGCAAUGAUGUUUUGAUUAAAUAAAUUUACAUACAUAUUUACAA